AUGGCUGACGCAAAAGGUCUCGAGGAGGUUCCUGAGAGCCAAAUCGAGUCCAACUAUGACGAGAUCACCGACUCCUUCGAUUCGAUGAACCUGAAGCCCGAGCUGCUUCGUGGUGUCUACGCCUACGGUUUCGAGCGCCCGUCUGCCAUCCAGCAGCGCGCCAUCAUGCCGGUCAUCAAGGGCUCCGACGUGAUUGCCCAGGCCCAGUCCGGCACCGGCAAGACUGCCACCUUCUCCAUCUCCGUCCUCCAGAAGAUCGAUCAGAACCUCAAGGCCUGCCAGGCUCUCAUCCUUGCCCCCACCCGUGAGCUGGCACAGCAGAUCCAGAAGGUCGUGGUCGCCAUUGGCGACUUCAUGAAUGUUGAGUGCCAUGCCUGCAUUGGCGGCACCAGCGUCCGCGACGACAUGAAGGCUCUUCAGGAGGGUCCCCAGGUCGUUGUUGGCACCCCUGGCCGUGUUCACGACAUGAUCCAGCGCCGUGUCCUCAAGACCGACAACAUGAAGAUGUUUGUCCUUGAUGAGGCCGAUGAGAUGCUUUCUCGCGGUUUCACGGAGCAGAUUUACGACAUCUUCCAGCUUCUGCCGCAGUCCACCCAGGUUGUUCUCCUUUCGGCCACCAUGCCGCAGGACGUUCUCGAGGUCACCACCAAGUUCAUGCGUGACCCAGUCCGUAUCCUCGUCAAGAAGGCCGAGCUCACCCUUGAAGGCAUCAAGCAGUUCUAUAUUGCUGUCGAGAAGGAAGACUGGAAGCUGGACACGCUUUCUGACUUGUACGAGACCGUCACCAUCACCCAAGCCGUUAUCUUCUGCAAUACCCGGAGAAAGGUCGACUGGCUCACCGACAAGCUCACUGCCCGCGACUUCACCGUGUCGGCCAUGCACGGCGACAUGGACCAGGCCCAGCGCGACGUCAUCAUGAAGGAGUUCCGCUCCGGCUCGUCCCGUGUCCUCAUCGCCACGGAUCUCCUUGCCCGUGGUAUCGACGUCCAGCAGGUGUCCCUUGUCAUUAACUACGACCUUCCGGCGAACCGCGAGAACUACAUCCACCGCAUCGGUCGCGGCGGCCGCUUUGGCCGGAAGGGUGUUGCCAUCAACUUUGUUACGGCUGACGAUGUACGAAUGAUGAGAGAGAUUGAGCAGUUCUACAGCACUCAGAUUGAGGAGAUGCCUAUGAACGUAGCCGAUCUCAUUUAA